AUGCUGGACGCCAUCUCGCUGUCGGAGGAGGAGCUGGGGCUGCUGUUCGCGCCUGCUUCGCACGGGCCCAGCGCCCCCACGCUUGAGACUCCGCAGCUCCUCCGCACUAACCGCACUUCAGGAGGCAGAAAAACCGCGAGCCAAGCGCGCGGCGCUUCCUCAAUUAAACACGCGACCAGCAAGCCGCGGAAAUCCAAGAAGGCGUCGAGCGCAAUGACCGACUCCAGCUCCUUCUUCUCCUCCAGGUUCACCGGUGGCGCCGUCGUUCCCGCUCGCUGCGGCUACCGCACGGGCAAGUGCCAGAACCUGCAGGCCAUCAAGCGCAACGGGAAGCUGCACAAGCUCUGCGAGUUCCACCGCGAGCGAGCCAACCUGAACCAGAAGAAGCUGGACCGCAAGAAGCGCAUGCAGCGCUCCAAGCUCUCGGCCGCAGCGUCGUCCUGCGAGUCCGUCACAUCCGACGACGACGCGCGCAGCGUCGACAUGGACAACAGUUCGCCGCGCGCCGUCGAGGCGGCGGUGACCAGCAGCGUGUUCGUCAAGCGCGAGCUCAUCACCACAGAGAUCAAGACAGAGCCUGACACGGCGCUAGUUCUCGACACGGAUCUCGUGCUGCCGACCAGCCUCGACGAGGCCCCGCUGGUGCUCGGCUGCGAGGAGAUCGCCAUCUUCUGCAGCCUCAUGAGCUUCGACAUCAACCAUCGAUCUUCUGCCGCCUCAACAUCGAGCGCGUGUCAUUAUUACACGAACGCCGCGUGA